AUGCGGCGCUCGGCGCCGUUUGAGGUCGCCAUCGGGCGUGCAUCUGCCGCCGUCGCUCCCCCGGCUCUGACCGAGUACCGGGCGUUGGGGGAGGCGGCGCAGGGCGGCGCUGGCGCCGCCAUCGCCACGGGUCGCGCGGCGGCGUACCGGGCGUUGAGGGAGGCGGCGCAGGGCGGCGCUGGCGCCGCCAUCGCCGCGGGCCUCGCGGCGGCGGUCGCCAUCGGGCGUGCAUCUGCCGCCGUCGCUCCCCCGGCUCUGACCGAGUACCGGGCGUUGGGGGAGGCGGCGCAGGGCGGCGCUGGCGCCGCCAUCGCCACGGGUCGCGCGGCGGCGCGCACCCGGCUGCGGCUCUCGGCGCCGUCUCUGCGGCGCUCGGCGCCGUUUGACGUCGCGGGAAGCCGCACCUCUGCCGCCGUCGCUCCCCCGGCUCUGACCGAGUACCGGGCGUUGAGGGAGGCGGCGCAGGGCGGCGCUGGCGCCGCCAUCGCCGCGGGCCUCGCGGCGGCGGUCGCCAUCGGGCGUGCAUCUGCCGCCGUCGCUCCCCCGGCUCUGACCGAGUACCGGGCGUUGGGGGAGGCGGCGCAGGGCGGCGCUGGCGCCGCCAUCGCCACGGGUCGCGCGGCGGCGGUCGCCAUCGGGCGUGCAUCUGCCGCCGUCGCUCCCCCGGCUCUGACCGAGUACCGGGCGUUGAGGGAGGCGGCGCAGGGCGGCGCUGGCGCUGCCAUCGCCACGGGCCUCGCGGCGGCGGUCGCCAUCGGGCGUGCAUCUGCCGCCGUCGCUCCCCCGGCUCUGACCGAGUACCGGGCGUUGAGGGAGGCGGCGCAGGGCGGCGCUGGCGCUGCCAUCGCCACGGGCCUCGCGGCGGCGGUCGCGAGACACCCGGCUGCGGCUCGCGGCGCCGUCUCUACGGCGCUUGGCGCCGUCUGA